AUGAGAAGACUAACACAUUAUGGAAUAGAUUUAGUUUUAAUAUCAAUAAUAUUAGCAGGAAUUCAUAGAAAUACAGGAUUACAAUUUGAUAUACUGAAUUUUAAUUCAAUAGAUAUAAGACGUUGGUUUGGUAAUUAUUUAUCAUUUGGUGAAUUAUGUUAUGAUAAAUUAGUUUCAAUUUUAAAAUUUUCAGGAUAUUUUAAACAAAAAAAUUUAAUAUUAGAUAAUUUAAGAACAACAAGUAAUAAAAUUUUAAAAGAUCAAACUGGUAGAGAUAUUGAUGAUUAUUUACAUAAAUAG